GACUCUCCGGCAGCAUUUAGACACAACGAAAGGAUCAUGGCGGAUGGCCCCAGGUGUAAGCGCAGAAAGCAGGCGAACCCGAGGAGGAACAACGUGACCAACUACAAUAAUGUGGUGGAGGCCGGCUCAGACUCGGAUGAUGAGGACAAGCUGCACAUCGUGGAGGAGGAAGGCAGCCUGGCCGACUGCGACAGCACCCUGCCAGACGACGAGCACCCCAGGGAGCGCUGCUGGGACGGAGUCAAGGAGGAUUGUGUGUCAGACGCUGAGGAUGAUGUGAGCACAGACGCCCUAGUGGAGGAGAUGCUCCAGCAAGGAGACACGGCCGUCAUCUACCCAGAAGCCCCAGAGGAUGAGCCCCAACGUCAGGGCACGCCUGACGCCAGCGUCCAUGACGAGAAUGGAACUCCCGAUUCCUUCUCUCAGCUACUCACCUGCCCGUACUGCGCACGUGGCUACAAGCGUUACAGCUCCCUGAAAGAGCACAUCAAGUACCGGCACGAGAAGACCGAAGAGAGCUUCAACUGCCCCGAGUGCAGCUACAGCUUCGCAUACCGCGCUCAACUGGAGAGGCAUAUGACGGUCCACAAGGGCGGAAGGGAUCAGAGACACAUCACACAGUCGGGAGGCAAUCGUAAAUUCAAGUGCACUGAAUGUGGCAAAGCAUUUAAAUACAAGCACCAUCUGAAGGAGCACCUACGCAUCCACAGCGGAGAGAAACCCUACGAGUGCUCCAACUGCAAGAAGCGCUUCUCCCACUCAGGCUCCUACAGCUCCCACAUCAGCAGUAAGAAGUGCAUCAGCGUCAUCUCAGUUAACGGCCGACCGCGCCUGGGGAACGCCAAAACCCAGGCCCAGGGUCCAUCACCAGUGCCCCCCACGCCCCCGUCAGUCCUCCGCACCCAGAUUAGGGAGAAGCUGGAGCACAGCAAGCCCCUGCAGGAGCAGCUGCCACUCAAUCAGAUCAAGAGCGAGCCUGUGGACUACGAGUACAAGCCAACGGUGAUGACAUCCCCAUCUAUGGCCGCCAUGAACGGUGGGGUUUUCAGUGGAGGUGCUGCAGCUCCUCUGCAGGGCACAGUGCAGGCCGUGGUCCUGCCCACUGUGGGGCUGGUGUCACCCAUCAGCAUCAACCUGGCAGACCUGCAGAAUGCUCUCAAAGUGGCGGUGGACGGUAACAUAAUUCGCCAGGUGCUGGAAAACAAUGCCAAAGGCCAGGGCCAGGGGCAAGUCAACUCGGGGUUAACCACUGGAAUGCUCCAUCCUGGACAGCAGCAACUCAUCUCAGCCAUCAGUCUGCCUAUUGUGGGUCAGGAUGGAAAUGCAAAAAUUAUUAUAAACUACAGCUUGGACCCCAACCAGGGCCAGCUCACGGCCCAUAACCUAAAGAAAGAGCCUGAGCCAACAACACCAGGUCAAACCACCACUGACAACUUCAAGUCCCAGAAACUCCCAGAGGAUCUAACCAUCAGAGGCGCCAGGCCCAAUGAGACUAAAGAAAAAGAGGAAAAGGCCACUAAAACUUGUCUCCUGUGUGAUAAGUGUCCCGGCGGGCUGGAAGCACUCCAUGCCCUUAAGCACUGCAAGAAGGAUGGUCUCAGGCUGAACGGAGCAGGCCUGGAUAAGUCUGAGUCUGCUGUCGCUGCCUUGCUGUCAGAGGGAGGACUUUGUAACCAGCCCAAGAACCUAUUGUCCCUGCUCAAGGCCUACUUUGCCUUAAAUGCAGAGCCCACCAAGGAUGAGCUGGCUAAGAUCUCGGACUCAGUCAGCCUGCCAACCCAUGUGGUAAAGAAGUGGUUUGACAAAAUGCAAGAGGGUCAGAUAUCACUGGGUGCCCCGACACCUCCCUCAGAGGAAGAGGACACCUGUGAAGCUCACAGUGUGGUAUCUCUAGUCCCAGGGAAGAACAUGGUCAAUAUGAGCCCUUCCGUGACCCAGGACAGCCCUACAGAAGCCACUCCAGCGGAGGUCAAUGGCACUCACAGCUCGCCGGACCCUCCGUCGCCACUAAACCUGACAGCUGGCAGUCCUGUCCCAGGCCAGUCUCCCCUGAGCACUGAGGGACCCCUAGACUUGUCGCUGCCAAAGCCCGCCAGAGAGGAAGCGGAGAGAGUGGUGGCUAAAGCCCGCGUUCACCCCUCCCCUUCCCCUGGCUCUACCAAUGUGGAUGAACCUCUAAACUUAACUUGCACAAAGAAAGAGGCAUCGCCCCUCUCAGCCAUGGGCACCAGCCCCAUCGCACUGUACGCCAGCCAGCCAAGUGCCAAACCCCUCGACAUUGUGACCACAAUGCAAUGCCUAAGGGCACUAGCCACUAACAACAAACAGACUAUCCUGAUCCCCCAGCUGGCUUACACCUAUACCACUACAGCCAACAGCCCCGCGGGGACGGAGACGCAGGAAACCAUCCACCUCAACGGAGUAAAGGAAGAGAAACACGACACAGGCUCAGAGGGCGUGUCCACCGUAGAGGAGCAGAACGACUCCGACUCGGGCCCUCCGCGGAAGAAGAUGAAGAAGACGGACAGCGGCAUGUACGCCUGCGACCUGUGCGACAAGAUCUUCCAGAAGAGCAGCUCGCUGCUGAGACACAAAUACGAACACACAGGGAAACGGCCCCACGAGUGUGGCAUCUGCAGCAAGGCCUUCAAACACAAACACCACCUGAUCGAACACAUGCGGCUCCACUCGGGCGAGAAGCCUUACCAGUGCGACAAGUGCGGCAAGCGCUUCUCCCACUCGGGCUCCUACUCCCAACACAUGAACCACCGCUACUCCUACUGCAAGAAGGAGACGCAGGGCCGAGGGGAGGGCCGGGAGAGCCCCGAGGUGGACGGCGAGGCCCCCGCCGAGAUGGAGGCCCUGGGCCGGGCGCAGCGGCACCUGGCCGCCGCCCAGCUGGACCUGGACGAGCAAGGGAGCAGCACCAGAGAGGAAGAAGAGAGCGAGGAAGAGGAGGAGGAGGACGACGACGGCGCGGUGGACAUGGACGACAUUCAGGUGGUGCAGAUAGGGGACGAAGGAGGGGAUGAGGACGAGGAGGAGGAGGAGGAAGAAGAGAGGAAUGGGAAGGAGAUAGAGAGAGUAUUGGUGGAGGGAGGAGAGGAGGAGAAGACAGAAGUCGAGGUGGAAGAGAAAGAAGAGGAGGCUGACACAAGGCAGGAGGAGGUGCUCUGGAGCAUUCGGGAAGAGGAGGAAGCCCAGAUGGAUACAGAAGAAGGGCGAAUGGAAGAGGGGGAGGUGACGGACGAGAGCGGAGGCGAGACGCACGGGAACACGAUUUCUGAGGAGCAGAACGCGACGCCGCAGGAGAAAGGAGAUACUGACUGAGAGAGGAAUCCGACUCCUCCGUGAGACCCAAUCAGAUUCCUCCUCUCCCCGUGCAGAGGAAGAACGCAGGAGGUGAUGUCUGGUCACUCUGACAAUUCGUUUCAGUUCACUACUGUGUAGAAAUACAAAUCCAGGUGUGCCUGAAAAAAUACUAGUGACUUUUCCGCAGGAGAACGGUUUUCUCACUGCUAGAAAAAAAUCAAUUUGUAAAGAAAAAAAGAUGAAGAUGAAGACAAAUUUUAACAAACGAAGGAAAUGCAUUAUACAGACUUUGGAAGCUAGAGCCGACACGUUUUAGAUAAUGUUUUAUUACUAAAACACCUUGGGUCAUUUCUUUUUAUCAGUGUUACUAAUUUUAUCACUCAUAUUUUAACCUUUAAAAGCUGUACAGUUGGGAGAUAUUUCUAUACCUUUUUAUUGCCAAUGAACAAAAAAAGUCAGUAUUUUAUUAAGUUGGAAGGAAAAUAAGAAAAAUCCUGUGCACUACAAAUGGCUUGGUUUACCUAUGGAUUGAGCAGUUGAGUCGUGUUGUCUACCCUUCAGUAUUACCGCACUAGAUAUAUACCACGCCAUCACGCUAGCAUAUGUUAGCAUUACGUUUCUUUUUGAUGUUCUUUUGAUUGGAUUGGGAGCCUUAAGAAGAAAAACAAUGGAGAGCGGACUGGUCUUUUCAGUCAUUUACUUCCUUUUAGACUUUUAGGCUCAUUGUUGUCAAAGUUUCUUAUACAAAUCAGUGUUUCAUAGGAAUAGUUUGACAUUUUGAGAAAUGUACUUUGUUCUGUUUUUAAGGAGAGUUAGAUGAGAAGAUCGAAGCCACAUAUCUGUCUGAUAAAUAUACGGCUACAGCCAGCAGCCGCUUAGCUUAGCUUAGCAUGAGCACCGGAACAGGGGGAAACAGCUAGUUAAAGCUAAAUCUAAAGCUGCUAAUGCUAGCGGUUAUUUCCUGCUGAUCUAAUGCUCCAAACUUCAGUCCAGAAGGUGGCGAUGAUGCAUGUGGGAAUAUUUGUGACCAGUGUUGCCAACUUUCUCGCUAGAUUUAGCGAGCCUUCUUAGCCACUUUAUUUCUAAAAAGCAGCUAGUGACAAAUUUAGAGACUAAUGGUACGUGUCCAUUGUCAGCGUCAUUUCCACGCUUACCAUUCAUUUCUAUGGGAGCAGCGGUGCAAUGCAUUCUGGUAGCGUGGCGGGGACUGUGGAGGGGGUCGAGUCGCCUGCUCUUCAUUUGCAUAAAGUUCAAUCCAGACAACUUUAUGCAGAUGAGGAGCGACCAGCUCGACUCAACGCCUCUCAAAAGCUGACGAAAAUCUUUUAAAGCGAGCGUUGUCAAUCUGAAAUGAAGACAGAUUCAGCAACUGCACGGCCUGUUCCUCGCUUAAACUGUUUUCAGAAACACGUUUUGGUGAACUAUUUUUGUUAAAUAAGAGAUUGUAUUCCAAAUGAUUUUGAAAUCUGGGAGCAGACAGUGACGCGUUCGUCCAAUCAGGUGUAGCCUAUUUUCUUUGCCUGUCAGUGGUCAGUGAAGAGAAACUAAUAACCGCCGGUGGCAAGCCCACUACCAUGCAAUGCUGGGGCGACACCUGCCAUGAAAACAACGCCUAUAUGGACACGUACUUUUUAAGACCACCAGGGAAAAAGCAAGAUAUAUUAUAUUGUAAUUCAUUCCCAUGCAUGGUGCUCAGACCAAUCACAGUCCACAGCAUUUGGUCUCUCUGCCUCUCCUAUUGCACAGCGCGCAGUCGACAUGCAACAUUGUGUGUAUGCAAAUGAUAUGUGAUGAUGUCAACAAUAUUCAAAUUACGUCACCUGGCUCAUCUAGCAACUUUUAGAACUUGUGCUAGCCACAUUCAUUGGAAAAGAGUUGGCAACACUGUUUGUGACUUCCAGACAGAGGCAGGCAUCUGCAUAGCUGCAUUUUUACCGGACAGAUAGGAGAGUGGUAUUAAUCUUCUCAUCUAAUUUUCAUCUAGCAAGCAAAUAAGCGUAUUAAAAAUAAAUGUAAAAAAUGUCAAACUAUUGCUUUAAAUGUUCAGAGCGAGCAAAAAGGGGAUUUGGAAAACUGUCCCCUCCCUAUGCCUACAAACCACUCCGAGCCAUAUGCAAAAAAAUCUAACUAAAACAAGAGAAACAUGCAUAUCAAAAGUGCCAUUGAAUAUUGCUGUUGAAGCUAAGCAGCUACGAUCAGGUAUUGCCGGGUCCCAGAUCAACCAAUAAGCCGGAAUACUGUUGACUUUUGGCUUGCCGCCACACCUGAGAGAGUCGAGUUUAGCCUACCACGUAUUCAUGUUUCCUAGAUUUUAGAGAAGUUGCUUUUAUUUCUAAUCUGAGCAGCUAAAAGAAUUACGAUGCACAUGUGUUCCAAUGGAUGAAGUAUGAUUUCUAAUUGUUGUGUCCUGCCUUUGCAAAGCUUAUUCAGUGCACUUGUUUAACACACCAUGAAAUGCUCAGAUGUGUCUUCAGGUAACAAAACGUAGGCAAAUAUGAAUCCCAGGAGUUUAAUUCAACCAUGUGUUUACCUGUCAGUAUUAUUGUUUAUCUCUUAUGUUGUUUUAUGUUCUGUUUCAGUGUGUGUACUGUAUGUUUUCAGCAAUGGCAGUAUUAUCCCUACCCCCCAAGGAGAUGGGUAUGUCUGUUUAGUCAUAGAGAACUUUUAUAUUUAUGUGUCUUAUUUUUUAUAUUUCUUUAUGGUUAUUUAUUACACUAUGUAGUGUACAAUACUGUAGUUUGUAUUAAUACGAUAAUAUAUUUUAGUAUGGAAAAAAAAAGAUUCAAAGGCAAACAACUACAAGUCUGGAAAAAUGAGACUCCAGCAUACUGAAGUAUGUUUUUCGAACAAAUAAAAUGUUUUUUCCUUGGGGUAAAAAAACUCGCACCCUGCAAGCCUGAAAAUUGGAACCUGUGACCUCUGUGCAUCCAUUCUCAUGUUAGUUUUCUUUCCCCUCUCUAAUAUGAAGCUACUGAACUUUUGAGAACUAAUCGUAUGUCUAAUAGCAUGAGUGUGGGCUGUUUUAUUGAAGGAUUACCCUUAACCACACAAACUGUCCUUUUUUUGCCAAGCCAAAAUAAUAUCGACGUUUGUUCUUUGUUUUUAUUUGUGCCAAUUUGUUACUAUUUUUUUGUCAGUGCCACGCCCACUUGUAUAUGCCCCUCCCCCUUUAACACCCUCAUCUUUUUUUAUAGUGAUUGUUUUUUUGUUUGUUUUCGUUUUUUUUGGUUCUUUUUUUUAUGACUCCCCAUCUCACAAUAAAAUACAUCAAUUACAA